AUGAUGUCUAAGAAGGAAUUCGAUACACAAAGUAAACCUUCGACGAGAAGGUCUUCAAAACCGUUGACUGCAGCCCAUCUCAAAUCAGUUUUGAACUCUUCACCUUCACGUUACCGGAACGAUUAUCGGGCGGCAGCAACGGCGAGAAUUAAGAAACAUAAGAAUGAACAUCAAAGGUUCUGCGAGAAGAGCGCGUCAUUCGUGGGGAUUGUGGUUUCGAUGCACCCUCAUCUUCUGAGAACGCUGCACCCAUGUCUAUCCUCAAGAGAGGAAGGUAGGUAUAUUUUGGGACAUCUAGCCUUUGUGCGAGACGACUCUUCCGCUGAUGUAGUUUUUGCCUCCCCUCAUCGAGUCAUUUCGCAUUGUCCUGAUAAAGCAAACACUUUCUACCCGGGACCAUCUUCUCGUUCGUCCAUCAGUCACGAAUCUCGUGCUCAGGUUACCAGUGCUUUUACAUUAUUAAAUGUCUAA